AUGUGGUCGGUGAUGGGUUUGGUGCGACGUACGGCGUUUUCCACCGUAACGAAAGGUUAUCAUCCGGUUAGGCCAUUGCUCGGCGGUUGCAGGUGUCUCACCGUCGAACCAACGGCGGUGACGGCGGAGAAGGAGAAGAAGGAAGAUGAUAUAACGGUAACGGAAGCGAAGAAGCUAAUGAGGUUAGUGAACGUUGAUGAGAUGAAGAAGAAGCUUGUUGGUAUGGCGGAUAAAGAAGUUGUCUCUUACAAUACACUCGUUGAAGCGUCUCAGAGCUUAGGCAUCACUAGAUCUCUCAAUGAAGCUCACGCUUUCGCUCGUGUUCUUGAUGAUGCUGGUGUGAUCUUGAUUUUCCGAGAUAAAGUCUAUCUUCAUCCAGAUAAGGUGGUGGAUUUGAUAAGAAAGGCGGUGCCUUUAGGGUUGAAUCCGGAGGAUGAUCCGAUUAAGAUUGAGUUUGAUAAGCUUAGGUGUAUGAAGGAAGAGAUUGAUGUGUUGGCUCAUCAGCAAGUGAGGAAGAUUCUGUGGUGCGGUCUUGGUUACUCUGUUGUGCAAAUCGGACUUUUCAUCAGACUAACAUUCUGGGAGUUUUCGUGGGAUGUGAUGGAGCCGAUCACGUUCUUCACGACAGCGACAGGGAUCAUUGUUGGUUAUGCUUACUUCUUGCUGACUUCGAGAGACCCGACUUAUCAAGAUUUCAUGAAGAGGUUGUUUUUGUCGAGGCAGAGGAAGCUGCUCAAGAGCCGUAAGUUUGAUGUUGAGAGGUUUAAGGAGCUUGAGAGGAAGUGGAAGAUGACUUCUUCGUCUUCUUCUUGGUCUGCUUCUUGCCACGCGAAUGCAUCGAUAAGGAAUCGUGUUGGUGUUGAUCUUGAUUUGGAGGAUUCUUUGCAGAGUCGCAGAGAUUAUUGA